UCUGGCAACACUAGAAACCGAGUUUACCAGCACUAGUUUGCCUCGUCGUCGAAUUUAAUCCCGUGUUUUUGUGUUGUUUUCCCCAGUUAGCUAAAAACAAAUCGAUAUGGCAGCUUACACCGAGGAUCAGUUGGCUGAAUUCCAGGAGGCCUUCAACCUGUUCGACAACCGCGGCGACGGCAAGAUCCAGCUGAGCCAGGUGGGCGAGUGCCUGCGGGCCCUGGGCCAGAACCCCACGGAGUCGGACGUGAAGAAGUGCACCCACCAGCUGAAGCCCGACGAGCGCAUCUCGUUCGAGGUGUUCCUGCCCAUCUACCAGGCGAUCUCGAAGGCCCGCUCCGGGGACACGGCCGACGACUUCAUCGAGGGACUGCGUCACUUCGACAAGGACGCCAGCGGCUACAUCUCCUCCGCCGAGCUGCGUCACCUGCUGACCACCCUGGGCGAGAAGCUCACCGACGAGGAGGUGGAGCAGCUGCUGGCCAACAUGGAGGACCAGCAGGGCAACAUCAACUACGAGGAGUUCGUGCGCAUGGUCAUGAACGGCUAGGAGGCGUCCGGGGCCCCAAUUCCAGCUAAACAGCACCACGACAAUAGAAGCAACACACUAUCCAACACACAACACUAAACACAACACCUGCCAAGCUAGCUGAGCCAUUCAUUCCGCCAGAAGUUCCAACUCCGCGAUUCCAACUUCGCCAUUCCCCGUUUCCCCGACAUCACGACAUCAUGGAUCCUGAAUCCUGUUUUGCCAAGGACAUCGACCAAGGAUAUCGAGACGCAGACGUGCUGGGGAAAGCGCCCGAUGGACUGGAGCUCUUCCCACUUCCAAAACAAACUAAACUAACCAUCGAUGUAGACAUAGAUCCACGAUUAACCGAAACUAAUCACCGCGUCUGUGAAUGUGCGUAUGCGUAUUAUUCUAAAUGAAAAAUGAAAAUGAGGAAGUUAAUCAGUAAUUAUCACCUAGUUCAGGCGUUCUUUUGUACCAAUCACACGAUACAUAUAAUAUAUUAUAUAUUUCAACGGAGACAGCGAGAGAAUCGCGAAAAAGUAUUUCGAAAUUAAAUUUGACAUGCGUCGCUGGCGCAUGUCCGAAUUUAAAUGCGCAUUUUGAAGUUUUACAUGUUUAUUUUUUUUAAAUAAUUUAAUAUUUGUAUUUAAUAAAUAAUAAAAGAGGAACAAGUGAAUGUGUAGGUCUUUUUACAAAAGAAACGUACUUAAAUCUAUUAAACCAAUUGAAACCUUA